ACCAAAUUCUAGUAUUAUUUUCCCUUCUGUUUUUUGAACUCAGAACAUAAUAGCUUCAAGGCCGAACUCAUCUUUACGUUCAACAAUGGAUGUAAUGAUACACUCUUCGUCAUUUCUCUUGCCGGAACUCCCCGCCGACCAAACCUCCGGCGCCGGUCCGACAUACGCGCUUGUAUUGCUCAAUCAACACCUCCCGCGUUUCACUCCACUGCUCUGGAAGCACGUAUAUGCAGCUCAGCUUCGUGUAUGUGCUGAUGGUGGUGCUAAUCGUCUUUACGAUGAGCUGCCUGGUCUUUUUCCGGACGAAGAUGCUUCUUCUGUGCGAAACAGGUAUAAGCCUGACAUGAUCAAAGGAGACAUGGAUUCGAUACGUGCAGAAGUACUAGAAUUUUAUAAAAAUAUGGGGACCAAGAUUGUAGAUGCAUCUCAUGACCAGGAUACCACUGAUUUGCAUAAAUGUGUUGCUUUUGUUCGUGAUUUCUAUGCAGAUACAGAAACGUCUACAUUAUGCAUUCUAGUUGUUGGAGCACUCGGUGGAAGGUUCGACCAUGAAAUGGGAAAUAUCAAUGUUUUAUGUCGUUUCUCAACAAUACGGAUAGUACUUGUAUCUGAAGAUUGCCUGAUUCAGCUUCUUCCCAGUACCCAUCAUCAUGAAAUUCAUAUACAGAGCUCAAUUGAAGGCCCACACUGUGGGCUUAUUCCAAUUGGUACACGUUCAGGAAGUACUACCACUACAGGGCUUCAAUGGAACCUCACUAAUACAGAAAUGAGAUUUGGUGGUUUAAUCAGCACGUCCAAUAUUGUUAGAGGAGGGAUUGUGACCGUGCAAUCCAGUUCUGAUCUUCUUUGGACGGUAUCCUUGAAGAAAUCGUAAAAAAUAUUGAACACAGGAAGCAAUUAUUGGCAUGCAAAAUUGAUAUUCGGAGGUGAAGAUAUAUAAUUUCCUGCCUCCUGGCAACCAAGAUUGAUGUUACGAGCUGAAGAUGUAUAGUUUCCUUUGAACGAUAUCAUUUCUGUUUCAUGGAAAUAAGAUUUUUGGACUUAAAGUUCCACAUUUCCAUUUUCUCAUGAAACCUUGACUUCAUAUCAUACAUCUAUGAACUCAGCGAAAUGAAUUCUAUUACAA